CGUGAAUGCACAGUAGCACUUUAUACUCUCCUUUCAUGACUAAACAUUCAUUCAAUUUCUGUCCAAUUUAUUGUUAUUAGUGUCGUGGUGAGCUGAAGCGUAAAUCCCGGUUGAUUUCGGGCAAGAAGUGAGAUACAUCACCUUUCCGCAUGUGGACAAUUCAGAGUCUUCCAAUCAUGCAUGUUUUGGGAACCUGCUGAAGAACGAAGAGAACAAGCAAAGUCCAUACAUUGACCGCCAUUCAGAUUUGAAUACUGAACCUCAGACUGCCGCACCGUGCUGAUCUUGGCCAAAUACAAAGAGGCACUAGAUGAAGUGGUAAAGUCAAACGACCUCAAAUAAAACCACUUUUUCUUUGUUUGUCAUUCUACCUGCCGAAUUGUUACAAGAUAUCUGAGGGUUGUAAAGUGGAAUUGAGGAAAUCUUUUGAGAUGUAGUGGGUGGGAGCGUGAGAGUGUUGAGCCAGUGGGGUGGAGGUUGCGGACAAGAGCGUGGACACUGCAACCUAACUGUUCAUCAGAAGGUCACAAGAGAAGGACGCCAAAUGUCACGCUGCAGAGUGGGCUUCUGUCUCAGUGAUAAGAAACGCCGGAGGAUGAAUCUGGAUGGCUUUGCGGAGUUCUGGACCAUGGAGUGGAGGUGGUGGAGAUUGAUUUUACUCAGCCACUUGAGCCCCAAGGACCUUUCGAUGUCAUAGUUCAUAAGCUGUCCGAUGUCAUCGUAGAGGCGCAGCAUGAAAAACAAUCAAAGCAGCUCCUGGUCGACUUCCAGGUGGACCUAAAAAGAACCACAUUGCACCACAUCAUUGGUUUAAAUGUUAUAACAAAUAUGCAAUGUGCAAUAGAGCCUCGUCGGUCAUUCUGCAUUACCAGACACAUAAUGGCCACGAUAUUAAAGGCAAGUAUUUGGAACAUUCCACAGCUAAACAGAUGAACUGGAAAGAGAGCUACGUGUCAGCACACAGCAGGAUAGUUCUUCUGGAUCCCCUGGCUGCCAUGACCCAAAUUCUAGACCGCUUUACCUCUUACCGGAUCAUGAGCAAGCUGCACAAUUCACUCCGAGACUGGCGCAUUUGCAGUCCUCCAUACCUAGAGGUCCAGAGUGCAAGCGAUAUGCCUUCCGUUCAGCAGAAAGUGAUGACUCAGAACUUGAGCUUCCCUCUCAUUUGUAAAACGAGAGUAGCCCACGGUUCUCUUUCCCAUGAGAUGUCGCUGAUCUUCAGUGAGGGAUGUCUGUCGGAGAUCCAGCCUCCAUGCGUUCUUCAGAACUUUGUCAACCACGGAGCCGUGCUGCACAAGGUGUUUGUAGUCGGAGAAAGACACUUCUGCGUGGAGAGGCCCUCACUCAAGAACUUCCCCACUGGGCAAUGUGACAGAAAGACCAUCUUCUUUAACAGUCAGCAAGUAUCCAAACCAGAGUCAAGUUCUGAUCUCACAGCUAUGGAUGAGCAAAUACCUUGCCUGCCUCCUCCCAGCACGGAGGCUGUUGCCGCAUUGGUCCAAGAGCUACGCGUUCAGUUGGGCAUGUCCCUGUUUGGAGUGGAUGUCAUCAUCAAUACACAGACAUACACCCUCACUGUCAUUGAUAUCAACGUUUUUCCAGGUUAUGAGGGUGUGCCCCAGUUUUUCUCUUCUCUGCUCAGCCUCAUUGAGUCAGUGUUGGACAAACAAGCUUCUUCUGCUGGCUCUCCUGACCAAAUGACCAAACACCAAGGGGCAACUUCCACUAUGGGAAGAGACACGAUGUAAUUCAACAAUCGGUCAUUUCAUUCGAAUAAAA